CCGGGGGGGCCCCCCCCGCUUGCCAGGCAUCCUCCCACACGCGCUGCCACCGACUUCCUGGUUCGCCCUGCGGUCCCGCGCCUCGCCUCGCGCACGAAAAUGGUCUUAUCUCAGGAGCAGAAUCUUCCAUCUGUGAAGAAGAGAGCAAGUCGGGACCAGUGAGGCCAGGCCCCAUGUAUCCGGAAUCGACCACGGGCUCCCCAGCUCGGCUCUCUCUGCGACAGACGGGCUCCCCCGGCAUGAUCUACAGUACUCGGUAUGGGAGCCCCAAAAGGCAGCUGCAGUUCUACAGGAACUUGGGCAAGUCGGGCCUGCGGGUCUCCUGCCUGGGGCUCGGAACAUGGGUGACCUUCGGAGGCCAGAUCACCGAUGAGAUGGCAGAGCAGCUAAUGACCUUGGCCUAUGACAAUGGCAUCAACCUCUUCGAUACCGCAGAAGUCUACGCAGCUGGCAAGGCUGAAGUGGUAUUAGGAAACAUCAUCAAGAAGAAGGGAUGGAGACGGUCCAGCCUGGUCAUCACCACCAAGAUCUUCUGGGGAGGAAAAGCAGAGACCGAGAGAGGCCUUUCCAGGAAGCACAUCAUAGAAGGUCUGAAGGCCUCCCUGGAGCGGCUGCAGUUGGAGUAUGUGGACGUGGUGUUUGCCAACCGCCCAGACCCCAACACGCCCAUGGAAGAGACCGUGCGGGCCAUGACCCAUGUCAUCAACCAGGGGAUGGCCAUGUACUGGGGCACGUCGCGCUGGAGCUCCAUGGAGAUCAUGGAGGCCUACUCCGUGGCCCGGCAAUUCAACCUGACGCCGCCCAUCUGCGAGCAGGCGGAGUACCACAUGUUCCAGCGCGAGAAGGUGGAGGUGCAGCUGCCCGAGCUCUUCCACAAGAUAGGAGUGGGCGCCAUGACCUGGUCCCCUCUGGCCUGCGGCAUCGUUUCCGGAAAGUACGACAGUGGCAUCCCACCCUACUCAAGAGCCUCCUUGAAGGGCUACCAGUGGCUGAAGGACAAGAUCCUGAGUGAGGAGGGCCGGCGCCAGCAGGCCAAGCUGAAGGAGCUGCAGGCCAUCGCCGAGCGCCUGGGCUGCACCCUCCCCCAGCUAGCCAUAGCCUGGUGCCUGAGGAACGAGGGGGUCAGCUCCGUGCUCCUGGGUGCUUCCAGCGCGGACCAGCUCAUGGAGAACAUUGGAGCCAUACAGGUCCUUCCGAAACUGUCGUCUUCCAUUAUCCACGAGAUUGAUAGUAUUUUGGGCAAUAAACCCUACAGCAAAAAAGACUACCGAUCCUAAGAAGCCCCCGGCCGCUUGCCUGGACACUUUCAUUCCCCUCCUCGUCUCUUGUUCGCUCGCUUAAGCUGUUUUGAAGCCAAGUCCGGGGUGUGGUUUGCCUCAAAAAGAAAACAUCACGGCGAGAUGUCCUUGGGGAAAAGAUCUCAAAAGCUGCUGCAAGACGCCAUUCGCUGCUUCGCGGACUGAAUUCAGAUCCGUCCGGGGAGACCGCACGGACGGGGCAGG